AUGGACGACCACCACCUGUUCAUGGAAGUUGACCCGGACGUGUCCAACGUAGCAGUCCCUUUACCAUCCGUUGGCGCGGAACCUCUUGACUUUUACGUGGAUCUGCAAUCGCCGCCGCCCCAGUCGCAGUCCAUGCGGCUGCGACUCCGUAAACGAGCUGCUAGCCACUCGUCUCUAUCCACUGCAACAGCUGAACAGCUCCGUCGACGAGUCGCUCGUGUCAAGAAAGCCAAGCGCCCCAAAGAGGUGCGUGUGUUCAAGCGGCGGCUGCAAUUGGCAGUCCGCGUAGCCGUGGGCGUCCUCUUGGCUGGGGUCGUGCAGACCCAUGGCGACGAGCGCGAGUGGCUCUUUUUGCCUGCCAGUUACUACCUCGGAGGACUCACGGUCGCCUCGAUGAUGGUCAUCUACGCGGCGGCAAACACCGUCGGUGGCGUGCUCGAACAAGUGUGGCAAAUCGACGUCGGGGUCGCGAUCGCGCUCCUGUACAACUUUGUCGUCUUUGCCUGCGUGCCCAUCAAGCAAGGCAACCUCUUGACGGUCUCCAAGAAUCUCAACGGUAGUACGUACUACGUGAGUCUGCAAGACUGGGGCGUCACUCUGCCUCUGCUUGCCCUUUUCACUUUGGUCGUGCUGCUCUUGCCUAUUCAAACGAACGUGAAGAAGUUUGCUGUGGGUACAAAUUUGUAUUUCACAUUGACACUUGUUAACCCCAUGAACCCGAUAUUCACGGCCUUGCUCAAAGAUAGCACAGACGGGAACAGCUACUAUGGCACGAAGAAUCUGCUUAAACAGCUGGCCAUUUACAGCGCAGUUGGCGUCGCGGGCACCUUCAUUUCACUUGCGACGAUGAUGCUUCCCUUCCCAAUCUUUGCGAUGCAGAAGCUGCGGCGACACAUGGCAGCAUCGCCCCACGAUAUCCGAGAUAUACUGAACUUGAUUGUCGACUCGUACUGCUUUCGUGCAAAGGAUAUAAAGAAGAUGGACUUUUUCAAGCUGCGGCUUGAUCGGCUACUGGAAAAUGCCCACGAGCGUCUCACGACAAUGGAGUCGCUGCUAAGUGACUGCUGGUGGGAAGAGCUUGUGGGGUUUGGCGUCUGCUUCCAUUUCAACAAGACCAUCGCUAAGCAGCUUGUGAGGUUGUACGCAAAGCUCCUUACAGACCUGCAUGCAAUGAAAUUCGCCAUCGAGGCGGAGACUUGCCACUGGACGCAUGUCGUGCUGCUCAAGAAGUUACAGACGCGAUUCUAUGUACUACAGGUUGAAGCAAAUGAUUUGCUUGAGGAUAUCUCGCUUGAGAUUGUUCAUUCGUCGCGAAGUAUGUCUUCACCAAAAUUUGCCAGCCUAAAGCGGGCACUUGAAGAGCUCAUGGGGAAGUACACGAUGCUUUACGGUAACUUGCUUUCGGCUGAUGUCCAUACGGCAGAUGACGUGGGCAAGACGAUGCCUCUUAACGUGUUCGUGUACUCGUUUCACGUCUUCGUGAUCUCGUUACUGAACUUCGAAGGGACUUUCAAUGGGAAGAACUUUUCAGCGCAUUAUCGUGUCAAGAAUUUCCUCAAGCUAGCAGGCCGGAGUCUUCUGCACCCUUUCAACUACUCGCGUCAUCUCAUCAUCUUCGCCUUUCGAACGACUUUGGCAAUCUUGAUUGGAAUAUGCUGUGCGACUUUCAUCUUCGCGUUCAGCUCUACUGCACCAACAGCCAUUGCAAUGGUUGCUGAUGAUAACAUUGGCGGGACCUAUGGUAACACGGUCAAUCGCGUUGGAGGUUUGGUAGCUGGCACAGUGGUUCCGUCUGUCUUGAGCUUCUUUGUGUGCAAAGUGGUGGAUGACGCCUUGUACAAUACACUGAACAACAUGAUACUCUUCGUGUGGACAGUGGGGUCCAUGUAUGUGUGGUUUUGCGGCCGCUAUAUGGCAUUGGCGGGUAUGACGUCAGCUUUUAUGGCUGCAUCAGUACUGCUCGACCACGGUUGCCGAACGACAUCAUCUUCAACGACUGUGUCUUACGCGAGUCUCACUCAGAACGCGUUGGGUAUUCUUAUUCUUAUGAUCGUAGAAAUCGUGAUCUAUCCCCGCAGCUCGCACGGACUCCUUCGUAGCAACAUCCAGCAAAUAUUGACGCAGUAUCGCGAAGUCUUCCACGAAGUUUUUCGCCACCACAUUGCGUACAACCGUCCAACGUUCAUUUCGCCUGGACCUCUCACUGAAGAGGAUAUUGAUACAGCAAACUCCCUGCUUGGUCGCAGUCAAGUGAAGGUGCUGAUCAAGCAGAUAAAAACUGCAAUUCCAGAGCUGCUGAAGACCCAAGCCAAACUCGUGGACGGUUCUGCCAUGGAGCCAAGCUUGUGGAAGGCGCCAUUUUCCACAUCAAAGUACACAAAAGUCUUGGCUGUUUGCCGCGAUCUUCUUGAUAGGAUUGAUGUUCUUGUCGACCUUAUCGAGUGGCACGAGAACCGGCGAAGCAGCGGACAAGACCGGAUCUUGCGACGUCGACACCAAAGUCAGAUUGAUGCCGAAUGUACUGCAGCAUUCAGUGCAGCUCAGGAACCUCCCUCACCGACCUCAGCCGCUGUCGCAGAAAUGGUGAGCAAGGCCACUGACGAUGAUUCUUCUCCAUUACAGUCACCGUUGCCCAAUGUAACUACAACUUCUCCAGCAGCGGCAAAAAUCAAAUGGGACCAGAGUUUGGCAGUUGUGGGGGCUGGUAUUGAAGAAGCUUUUGACACCCUUGCAACCUUGUUUGGAGAAGAGUUCGCUGGCUCAACUGCUGAAGACCACGCGAUCUAUUUGCAGAUGAAAGAAGCCUUUCGAAUUGCCGAUGUGCACCGUCGCGGAGUCGUUGAUGUCUCGGAACUUGGUCUUUUGCUUGAGAAACUUAUGCCGUACUCGGGUAGCCAAGGAAUUGGAGGCAUGGACCAGUACGUUGAUGAAUUCAUGCAGUUAGUGGAUAAGGACAAUGAUGGCAAGGUCUCGUUCAACGAAUUCAUGCAGGCCCUGAACGAUGGCUUUCGGUUGGAGCUCGAGAUUUAUGAUGAGAAGCCUCAAGUUGCAAUAGCUGACGCGGCGAGUGGAUCAGCUGGAUCUUGGCUUUCUCGCAUGGGUAGCACGCGCUCGCUCCGUAAGAGUUCAUACCAACGAAACUCGCUCCAUUCAACUCCGGCUGAUGAAGUUUUCGAAGACCUUUCAACACCUGGAAAGAAAAAGCGUUUGACUACGAAGUCACCGCCAGCUUCCAAAGAUUCUCGACGUCAUCAAUCGUCGAAUUUCGUCGACCUGACAGCAUUCGAGACAUCAAAACUCGCAUCGACUGCGCUUGAUAAUAUCGGACAAACCUUGAAGCUGGGCCGGAGAAAACAUCGCUUUCGCGGAUUGUCGUCAGCCAGCGAAAGCUCUGCACCUGAAGCGCUCCUUAAUGUUGAGGCAUUUACCCUCACGGAAGCUGCUGCAGCGUUGAAACAGAGCUACGGCGAAUGUUUGCUUGGAUAUGUCGACGAUCACACCAAACGUGUGACAAUGGAGGAUUUCAUUGUCAUGAGCUGCGUUAUCAGCACUUGUGAAAACGUGGCUGAAAACCUGACGCGUUUAAGCACAUUAGCAGCUUCCUAG